AUGGCAGUUAACCCGCCCCCUCCUUCCGCAGCCUUCCCCGCAUCGUCCCCCUUUUCCGCCUCCGCACCUUUUUUAUCCGCCAAUCCCCCGAUGUUCUCCGCUUCCGCGCCCGCGGAUUCCGCCGCGCCGUCCCCCGUCCGCCCGCACAAGCCCACCGGCCGGCACGGCGCGACCGACCAGCAACGGCGGCGCGAGCUCGCUCUGGAGCGGCAGCGCGCCGCGCGGCGGGAUCUCCAGCUGCACGCGCGGCACGUGGCUCUCGCCGCAACUGGCGCCGUGACUCUCGCGGAGGAGAUCGAGGCGCGCGAGUCUGCCGCCGCCGCAGCGCCAGAGACGAAAGAAGUUUCGCCGCUGCUUCCAGAGAUAUGCGAGUUCGACCAGGCUUCUGGCCAAUGGACGAGGAUCGACCAAGAGGGAUUCAAAAUCGACGGCUCAGGGAGACGGAUCGAGCAGAUCAUCUUUAAAUCGGACGGUUCCAGCUCUAGAAUAGAGCAAACUAGUAUCGAAACUAGAAUCCAUGCAGCGGAAGGGGAAAGCACAGAAGCGGAGGGUGCGUUGGAAGAAUCAGGUGGUGGGGAGGGAGUGUUGGGGAUGGUGCGUGAAGCGGGAGGGGAGGGUAUGGAGAUGGAUGGGGAGGGGGCUGGAGAAGGGGAGGAGGAUAGGGACGAGGAUCGUGGGGACCUUGUGGGGAUUGAACAGGAGAUGAGGGGGUUGUUUGUGCCGCGUGGUGAGGCUGGGGGGAGAAGAGGGAAGGGAGGAGCAGGAGGGGGCGGGCGGGGAGAGAGUGGGGGCGCGGCUGAUGCAGAGAGAGGGGUAAUAGACGGUGCAAGGGAGUGGUACGCGCAGCAGCUCAUGCUGCCCGAGUGGAUGGUUGACGUUCCUCCACGACUCGCCUCUGAUUGGUUCGUGAUGCCGCGGCCGGACGGGCGGCGCUGUUUGGUGGUAUCUGCCAACGGGACGACAGUGAGCCGCCUGCGCAACGGCCGCAUUCACCACCGCUUCCCCUCGCAUUUACCCAACGGGGCCAGGGCACCCGGUAUCGCUGCUGGCUCCCAUGUCUACUGCAUUCUGGACUGUAUCUUCCAUGAGCCCAACAGCACAUACUACGUUCUGGAUGUGAUGGCAUGGCGAGGCUAUUCUCUCUACGACUGCACUGCAGAGUUCAGACUCUUCUGGCUGCACACGCACCUGCCGCAGUGCGGUGCCUGCGACCCGCCCUCCCACUUCCACCGCUUCCGCUUCGCGCCCACGCCCUUCUUUGAGUGCCAUCGCCAAGGGCUGGAGGCUGCUUACUGCGGGUGGAGAGAGGCGGGGGGAGGGGCAGCAGGGGCAGGAGGAGCAGGGGAGGCAAGGGGAGCAGGGGGGGAGAUGGGGGGAGUGGAGGGAGCAGGGAUGGGAGCGGCAGCAGCAGGAACGGGGAGAGCAGCGUCAGUGGGUGAUGGCAGUGCCGAUGGAAUGGUGAACGGUGCACCAGUGCCAGCAGCUACACAAGUGGAGUUCACUCGCGAUGGGCUUCUCUUCUACAACCGCCAUUCGCACUAUACGUUGGGCCUCUCGCCCCUGGUGUUGCAGUGGAAGGAUGCAACGUGCAGCCGGUUCAUCAUUGACACAGAUGGGUCGGGGAAGAUUCCGGAGCGGCAGCAGGUGGUUCUCCUGCUAGCAGCAGACGGCUCUCUGGUGACAAGUGACGACCCUCCAGUGGUCUUCGGCUCCCUGCCCCCCCACACUCUCAACGAUCCCUCACUACACCUGCGCCCUAACAAGCUCCUGCGAUUCGCCAUUGGCCCGGGCGGGUUACACCUGGAGCAGGGGCGGGUGGUGGGGGCGGACCUGCUGCUUCAGGGCGCAGCUAAUCAGAGGAGAGGCGGCGCUGACAGCUGCUCCAAGAUUCUGUUUCAGUAUGCAGCUAGGCACUCCCCUCUCACCAUCCAAGACAUUGCUGCUGCGGCAGUGGCGGCGAGUGUGGCGCGUGAGGAAGCUUCUCUGAAGGUGGCGGACGGAAGCAGGGUGACGGUGGGAGUGCUAUCCAAGUGGGUGCACAUCGGGCGGGGGUGGGCGCCACGGCUCUUCCUUCUCAGACAGCGUCACCUCCUUUACUUCAAGCUCCGAGGCAGCGCCACAGCUGCAAUGAUCCAGAAGCUUCGGCAGCGCUACGAUCACGCCGCAAGACUUUCUUUCCCUGUGCCUGCUGGAUUGGCUUCUGCAGCUAAUGUGGAUACCGCGGCCACAGCUUCUGCUGCUAUCUAUCCCACUGCUGCUACUGAGCCAAUCUCCCCUGCUCUCUCCUCCCUCGGGAUUGCCUCUCUUUCUCCUAUGCCACCUCCUGCCCUUGCAUCUGCUGCAACUGGUGGUAACGAUGGCGAUGACAUCAGCAGCGGUCAUGCUGACGUGGACACAGAGCCGACCCCGUCACGCAUUUCCGUCCAGCCUAUGGUUGAUUUUCUGAGGGCCGCUGACGUCAGCGAUGACGUCAUCGUGCGAUGCGAGGAGGUGGUUUGGCGGCAGGUGGUGGUGCCGAUUGAAAAGGCUCUUUUGGAAUCGGAGCUGAUGCGCAUGCAGAGGAGGAAGGGGCCCAAGAGAGGGGCUGGCGGGGGAGGGAAAAGAGAAGAAAAGGAGGAGGAAGAAGCGGAGGAAUGGUCAGAGGAAGAGGUUCAGGAGGAAGAGGGAGAUGAAGAGAAGGAGCUUUUCUUCGAGGCGGCAGAAAAGUUGGCAGGGGAGGCAGGAGAGGGGUGGGAGGUGGGGGAGGGGGAGGGAUCACAGGAAGGGGGGAGUGAAGAGGAAGCGGGGCAGGGGGGGGAGUACAAGUGGGGAGGGGGUGGAGGUGGGGGAGUGGGGGGAGGAAGCGAGGGAAUAGGAGGAGGCGGGGAAGAGGGAAUGGCAGAGUGGGAAGGGGGGAGAGGAGCAGAGCAGCACGAGCCCAUGGAAGAAAGGGGGAGUGCUGGGCAGGCCGAGUUGCCGAUGGAAGAGAAUAUGAAAUUCGCCUCCCCCCUGACUUUCCCCUUCCCUCCACCUACUCUUGCUCCGCCCUCUUCAUACCCAUCUCCCCCUUCCCACCUCCAGAUCGGUUUUUCUUACCCCUUUGUUCCACGCCGCACGCGCCUCCCACUACCAGACAAGCAAAACCGCCCGGGCAGCCUGGCCGGGGGGCUGUGGGCGGCGCUGCGCGAGUGCGUGGGGCGGGAUCUGUCCCGAGUGUGCCUGCCAGUGCAGCUGAACGAGCCAAUCGGGUUGCUCCACAAGUGCGCCGAGGAGAUGGAGUACAGCUGGCUGCUGGACCGGGCGGCAGAGCACGGGCGGCGGGGCGAUCAGCUAAUGAGAGCCCUCCACGUGGCAGCCUUUGCCAUGUCAGGCUAUGCCAACACGAGUGGUCGCAUGCACAAGCCCUUCAACCCGCUGCUGGGAGAGACUUAUGAGGCCAGUUACCCCGACAAGGGCUUUAAGCUGCUCGCAGAGAAGACGUACGAGGCUGACUGCUCUGACAAGGGCUUUAAGCUGCUCGCAGAGAAGGUGGCCAGCGAAGAAGGUAGUGCGGUUCUGGGGGCCGUCAAUGCACCUGGUGCCGUGUGGAGUCAUCUCCACCCCCCUUCCUCCCCCUUCCCCCCCCAUUUUUCCCCCUUCCUCCCCUCUUCCCCUCGCCCCUCCCUGCAGGUGCGGUUCUGGGGACCGUCAAUGCACCUGGUGCCGUGUGGACUCACAUCCACCCUUAUUCCGCCACCCCUAUUCCUUCACCCCUAUUCCUGUUCCCCCUCCGCUUUCUUCCACUCUUGCCCUGCAGGGGGUGGAGAGCGGUACGAGUGGAGCAAGGUGACGACUGGCAUCUACAACAUAAUAGUGGGGAAGCUUCAAGUGGAGCAUUUCGGAACGAUGCACAUCCGAGGCAGUCUGGGUCUGUCAGUGCAUCUGCACUUCAAGGAGCCCUCGCUGUUCGACCGCAGCAAGCACCAGGUGAGAGAAGACCUCUUUGCCUCUUUUUGUGCAGCACAGGGCAGCCAGGACUGUUGGUGCAUCUGCACUUCAAGGAGCCCUCGCUGUUCGACCGCAGCAAGCACCAGCACAGGGCAGCCAGGACUGUUGGUGCAUCUGCACUUCAAGGAGCCCUCGCUGUUCGACCGCAGCAAGCACCAGGUGAGAGAAGACCUCUUUGCCUCUUUUUGUGCAGCACAGGGCAGCCAGGACUGUUGGUGCAUCUGCACUUCAAGGAGCCCUCGCUGUUCGACCGCAGCAAGCACCAGCACAGGGCAGCCAGGACUGUUGGUGCAUCUGCACUUCAAGGAGCCCUCGCUGUUCGACCGCAGCAAGCACCAGCACAGGGCAGCCAGGACUGUUGGUGCAUCUGCACUUCAAGGAGCCCUCGCUGUUCGACCGCAGCAAGCACCAGGUGAGAGAAGACCUCUUUGCCUCUUUUUGUGCAGCACAGGGCAGCCAGGACUGUUGGUGCAUCUGCACUUCAAGGAGCCCUCGCUGUUCGACCGCAGCAAGCACCAGGUGAGAGAAGACCUCUUUGCCUCUUUUUGUGCAGCACAGGGCAGCCAGGACUGUUGGUGCAUCUGCACUUCAAGGAGCCCAUCUGCAUCUGCUGUUCGACCGCAGCAAGCACCAGGUGCGUGGACGCAGUGGGAAUGUGGUGUGAGGUAG